CAACAGAGUUUAGACUGUCUUUGCUUCAUCAUCUGAAGGCAAAAUUUUCCAGCCAAGGCAGGCGGCUCUCGCAGAGUACAAUAAGCAGGGAACGAGAACUAUUUACAUGGAAAUUUCUUCCUCACGAUGCAGGGGAGACGCCUGGGCCGCUUGAUUCUGCCAGAUGUUCCUGGGAUGACUGUAAAAGGGAAGGAGAGGCAGAGCUAAACAAGGUUGAUGAUUUAAAAGUGCCUGUGUGGAGUCGCUGUUGCUGGACACUGCAGCCCGGGAGCUCUGGUUGUGUUUUCAAGUCUUGUUUCUGUGGCAAAUUACCCUGACCUUAGGAGUGCGUGAAGAUACCUCAACUGUCUGCUUUCGGAGCUUAAAAGGGUGGAAGGAAAAAGAAAUCCUGCCAAGAUCUGAACAUCGAAGUGGCUUAUUUUCCAUCAUCGUCCAUAGCUGUAGUAAGCUUCAGAACUAUACAGAUUCUCCCAAGGAAUGCCAUGAUAUUGAAGCCGCUUUGUUGAAAACAGUGGUGUCUGCAAAACGGCCGGGAGACUCGGACCUUCACAGCCGGAGAUGACACUGAGCACGCUCUUAUUUCGGCCCACGGUUUUCCAGUGGGGCCUACUGAUGGAUGUCUGACUACCUGCCGACAAAUCCUCCUCUCUCUCUGUUUCUCGGAUUGGACUUCCCUGAGCGAUUUAUCACGUACCCUCAGACUUCCAUGUGGGGCUUUUCGCCACAAUAGUUCUGGGUCCUUGGAACUUGCCUUGAUUUCACCAUUUAACAGCAACUAACAGGAUCCAAAGUACUUGGUCAUCAUGGCUUUGAAUGUCGCCCCAGUCAGAGACACCAAAUGGCUGACGUUGGAGGUCUGCAGACAGUUCCAAAGGGGAACCUGCUCUCGCUCUGAUGAGGAAUGCAAAUUUGCUCACCCCCCCAAGAGUUGCCAGGUUGAAAACGGAAGAGUCAUUGCCUGCUUUGAUUCACUGAAGGGCCGUUGUUCGAGAGAGAACUGCAAGUAUCUCCACCCUCCUACCCACUUAAAAACUCAGCUAGAAAUUAAUGGGAGGAACAAUUUGAUCCAGCAAAAAACUGCAGCAGCCAUGCUUGCCCAGCAGAUGCAAUUUAUGUUUCCAGGAACCCCACUUCAUCCAGUGCCCACCUUUCCUGUAGGUCCCGCCAUAGGGACAAACACGGCGAUUAGCUUCGCUCCGUACCUAGCGCCCGUCACCCCUGGAGUCGGGCUAGUCCCCACGGAAAUUCUACCCACCACACCUGUCAUUGUUCCCGGGAGCCCACCCGUCACUGUCCCGGGCUCAACCACAACUCAGAAACUUCUCAGGACUGACAAGCUGGAGGUAUGCAGGGAGUUCCAGCGAGGAAACUGUGCCCGCGGAGAGACCGACUGCCGCUUUGCACACCCCGCGGACAGCACAAUGAUCGACACGAACGACAACACCGUAACCGUUUGUAUGGAUUACAUAAAGGGGCGUUGCAUGAGGGAGAAAUGCAAGUAUUUUCACCCUCCUGCACACUUGCAGGCCAAAAUCAAAGCUGCGCAGCACCAAGCCAACCAAGCCGCGGUGGCCGCCCAGGCAGCCGCGGCGGCGGCCACGGUCAUGACUCAGUCGACUGCCAAAGCAAUGAAGCGACCUCUCGAAGCAUCUGUAGACCUGGCCUUUCCACCUGGUGCUCUCCACCCUCUACCAAAGAGACAAGCACUUGAAAAAAGCAACGGUGCCAGCGCGGUCUUCAACCCCAGUGUCUUGCACUACCAGCAGGCUCUGGCCAGCGCGCAGCUGCAGCAACACACGGCAUUCGUCCCCACAGGGUCAGUUUUGUGCAUGACACCCGCUACCAGUAUUGUACCCAUGAUGCACAGCGCUACGUCAGCCACUGUCUCUGCAGCAACAACUCCUGCAACAAGUGUCCCCUUCGCAGCAACAGCCACAGCCAAUCAGAUAAUUCUGAAGUGAUCAACAGAAGUGGAGUGGAAUGCCAAGAAUCCGCGUUGAGAAUAACAAAACAUUGCUACUGUACAUACUAUCCUGUUUCCUCCUCAAUAGAAUUGCCACAAACUGCAUGCUAAAUACAGACCUAGUUCUUCUGGACAGACCACAGCUCUAAGAAGCUAGUGCUGCUAUAUCAUAUAUGAGUAUUAAAUAUGGUAUGCUUAGUAUAUUCCAACCUAAGAUAGUUAACUACCUGAGACCAGCUGUGAUGUUUAAAGACAUAAAGGAUCAAGUUUACUUUUAAAGGGUUUCUCAACAUAGUUUCUGUCCUAGGAAUAUUGUCUUAUCUCCAUAACUAUAGCUCAUGCAGAAAGCCCAACCAAUUCCGACUCCAAAUAUUUCAAAGUUAGCAAUAAACAAAGAGCAUUAGUUUAUAAACACCUAUUCCAAGGGCAGGUUCAAGUCCAGCUCCAGUCACUGUCAUUGCAUUUUCCCACUGGAUCAAAGGGUAUGUUUCACUUCUCGACAUGAAUGCUGCAGCAGAGACGAGAAGUGAAGUAAAACACUGACACCUGCCCUGCAGGUCUAAAAUCUGAAUGGAAAUUCAAGCACAAGGACCCCGGGGGGACGCAUCCCAGCGUGGUGUUUGGUCUGCCUGGAGAUGCCGUCUUGAAUCACGUGAUCCUAGAAUUAACACUAACUAGAUGGAAAAGAAACUUUGCACGGUAUGAGCUUCAUACCCCACCAAACAAAGUCUUGAAGGUAUUAUUUUACAAGUAUAUUUUUAAAGUUGUUUUAUAAGAGAGACUUUGUAGAAGUGCCUAGAUUUUGCCAGACUUCAUCCAGCUUGACCAGAAUGAGCGGCCCCAUGCCAACUGUCUAAUCUGAGGGUUAGUCUUUCAGACUCACCCUCCGUCUGCCUGUCACCGGAUAACCCUUCUAAACUAGAGCCCUAGUCAGUCAAGGAAGCUGUAGGCGAGGAGAUCUGUAUAAUAUUCUAAUUUAAGUAAGUUUGAGUUUAGUCACUGAAAAUUUGACUGUGACUUUAAUCUAAAUUACUAUGUAAACAAAAAAGUAGAUAGUCUCACUUUAUAAAAAAUCCAUCACUGUUUUGCAUUUCAAAAAAAAGUUGGAUUAAACGGUUGUAACUGACUACAGCAUGGAAAAAAAAUAGUUCUUUUAAUUCUUUCACCUUAAAGCAUAUUUUAUGUCUCAAAAGUAUAAAAGACUUUAAUACAAGUACAUACAUAUUAUAUAUACACAUACAUAUAUAUACUAUAUAUGGAUGAAACAUAUUUUAAUGUUGUUUACUUUUUUAAAUACUUGGUUGAUCUUCAAGGUAAUGGCGAUACAAUUAAAUUUUGUUCAGAAAGUUUGUUUUAAAGUUUAUUUUAAGCACUAUCGUACCAAAUAUUUCAUAUUUCACAUUUUAUAUGUUGCACAUAGCCUAUACAGUACCUACAUAGUUUUUAAAUUAUUGUUAAAAAAACAAAACAGCGGUUAUAAAUGAAUAUUAUGUGUAAUUGUUUAAACCAUCCAUUUUCUUUGUGAACAUAUUAGUGAUUGAAGUAUUUUGACUUUUGAGAUUGAAUGUAAAAUAUUUUAAAUUUUGGCAUCACCGCCUGUUCUGAAAACUAUAUGCACCAACCAUAUCAUUUUUUAGAAGAAAGAAAUUCACCAUUUUAAUUAAUGUUAGUCAAAGUCUAAUGACUAUCUUAUAUCAUAGAUUUGAUAACCCCAUCAAAAGAAAUCACAUUCUAAGUGUAAUCUUACAUAGCGCUUGUAUCGUUACAUUUGUUUUUACUUUGUGGGAAAGUAUUGUAUCUAAUUUGUAUUUUUUUGGUAGUUUCAUCUUUAUGUAUUAUUGAUGUUUGUAAUUUUCUCAAUUAUAACAAUGUAGUUAUGCUACAACUUGCCUAAAACAUUCAGACUUAUGUUCUUUUUUCUUUUUUUUCUUUGUUAAUUCACUUAAACUCAUUGAAUGCAUAGUAUACAUUACUAAAGGGUAAAUUAUGUGAAUCACUGAAAUAUUUUUGUAGACUAACUGUUGUAACAUUGUCUUUAUUUUUUCUUUUGUUUCAUGAUUUUGAUGUUAAAAAUUAUUAGCACACAACUAUUUUCAGCCCUUUAAUAAUGGAGCAUCAAAAACAUCAGCUGUAUCCCCAAGCAAAUAGAGAGGACUGUAUUUUUACUACGAUAUCCAUUUUCCAGAAUUGUGAUUAUAAUAUGCAAAGAGUCAUAAAUAUGCCAUUUACGAUAAGGAGGAGGCAAGGCAAAUGCAUAGAUGUACAAAUAUAUGUACAACAGAUUUUGCUUUUUAUUUAUUUAUAAUGUAAUUUUAUAGAAUAAUUCUGGGAUUUGAGAGGAUCUAAAACUAUUUUUCUGUAUAAAUAUUAUUUGCCAAAAGUUUGUUUAUAUUCAGAAGUCUGACUAUGAUGAAUAAAUCUUAAAUGCUUUGUUUAAUUACAAAAACAAAAUCACCAAUAUCCAAGACAUGAAGACAGCAAUUCAACAAACACUGCAGUUAAGAGAUGAACUCGUCACUUCUAUGGGAACCACAUUUCACUCUUGGUUUUUCCGGUAUAACAGCACUUCACCGAAAUAUUCUUUCAGCCAUACCACUGGUAACAUUUCUACUAAACCUUUCUGUAACGCCUAAAGAAUUCCCUCAUUCAUUACCUUACAGUGUAAACAGGAGUCUAAUUUGUAUCAAUUCUAUGUUUCGGUUGUAAUAUUCAGUUCACUCACCCAAUGUACAACCAAUGAAAUAAAAGAAGCAUUUAAAAGGA